GGGUGGUGGGAGCAGCCGCUGUUCCUGCAGAAGCACAGCUUGGAUGUUUGCCUGCCCCGGGCACUGAAAUAUGGCUGAUCUGGGCACGAGGCUCUGGCUGCUCCCGGUGACCCUCUGGCUGCUGGCUCUGCUCACAGGUGGGAUCUCAGCAGACAAGAACGACACCGGGAACAGCACAGGUGCCAAGUGUCCCCCUGUGUACCAGAACAUGCGGUAUGUGUCCAUCAAGAAGAACAUGCCCAUCUACCUCAUGUGCUACACCAAGGAGCCCCAGCUCAUGCAGUGGUACAAGAUGGCAGAGGACAGGGAUGAUGUCUCUGUGCUGGAUCAGAACACGUCCAGCUACAGCAUCGAGAGGACGAACACCUUCAUCAACCUCACCCUCUUCAGGGCCACCCACCAGGACAAAGGGAUCUACGUGUGUGACCAGAAGGGCCUGGUGCAGAAGGAGAAUCUGCACUCGUGUGGGACAGAGCUCCGGAUCAUGGGUUCCAGCAGCAUCACGCAGAUCCAGAACAGGAACACGCUGAAAGACGCCAUCAUCAUCAUUCAGUCCAUCCUGCUCGUCAUCUUCAUCAGCAUCCCCAUCCUCCUCUUCCUAGACAAGGGUGAAGACAAGAAAAGCCCAGAGGAGGACCACACCUAUGAGGGGCUGGAGGUGGAGCAGAUGGCCACCUACGAGGACAUCACUCCUUUCCGGGACGUGAAGGCCAAGUGGGCAGUGGGGGAGCACCCAGGUGAAGAGUGAGGGGUCCUGCACCCUCUGCCAGGCCCUGCCAGGCCCUGCCAGCCCCCGUGGGGACAGAUCCC